UGAAAUGGGUAUUUGAAAUACUACUCAAUGAGUUGUUUGAACAAACUCAUCACGGGUUGUUUUUUUCUCAGUGGGUAUCUUUCAUAUGUAAAAAUAGUACACAUUGCUCCAGAAAGUGUUGCAAUUGUUUUAGGAUAAUAAUAAUAAUAAUACAAGAGAGUGAAUUGGAAGCAUUUGUCUCUGCUUUUUGUAGUUUUGGAGAGAUUGUUAUUGGAUUUUGACUCAAAAAGAAGUACUUAUGGGAAAAGCUAGCAGGUGGUUGAAGAGUUUGUUAGGGAAGAAGAAGGAGAAGGACCACAAUGACAAUUCAGGUUCAUUGACACCUGACAAGAAGGAGAAGAAAAGGUGGAGUUUUGCUAAGCAAGGGAAGGAAGUGAUGGUGGUUGAAUCACCUAAUAUUACUCCAACUUCAACUCAUGAUACUUCUUGGCUUAGAUCCUAUGUUUCUGAUUCGGAGAAUCAACAAAACAAACAUGCAAUUGCUGUUGCAGCUGCCACAGCCGCCGCUGCAGAUGCUGCCGUGGCGGCUGCACAGGCUGCUGUUGCAGUUGUGAGACUCACAAGUCAAGGUAGAGGUACAUUGUUCAGUGGAAGUAGGGAGAAAUGGGCUGCUGUAAAGAUCCAAACUUUCUUUAGAGGCUAUUUGGCACGGAAGGCUCUUAGAGCAUUGAAAGGAUUGGUUAAGAUACAAGCUCUUGUUAGAGGCUAUCUAGUUAGAAAAAGAGCUGCUGCAACUCUUCACAGUAUGCAAGCUCUAAUAAGAGCUCAAACUUCUGUUAGAACACAGCGAGCUCGUCGAUCCAUGAGCAAAGAAAAUAGAUUUCUACCAGAAGUUCUUGCAAGAAAAUCUUUGGAACGAUUUGAUGAAACAAGGAGUGAAUUCCACAGCAAAAGGGUACCUACAUUAUAUGAAACAUCAAUGAAUGGAUUUGAUGAUCAAAGUCCAAAAAUUGUUGAAAUUGAUACAUACAAAACCAGAUCAAAGUCAAGGCGAUUUACAUCAACAAUGUCUGAAUGUGGAGAAGACUUACCACAUUGUCAUGGAAUCUCAUCUCCUCUUCCUUGUUCGAUCCCCGGUCGAGUCUCGGUCCCCGAUCAUUGCAGACAUGUUCAACAAGACUUUGAUUGGUAUUUCAAUGUUGAAGAAUGUAGGUUCCCUACAACAGCACAUAACACACCACGUUUCAACAAUUCUUCUAUGCGUCCAAACAACAAUGGUUUAGGUACACCAUCUAAGAGUGUUUGUGGUGACACUUUCUUUAGAUCUUAUUACUCAAAUUUCCCUAAUUACAUGGCUAAUACUCAAUCAUUUAAGGCAAAGUUAAGGUCACAUAGUGCUCCUAAACAAAGACCUGAACCUAAGAAAAGGCUUUCACUCAAUGAAAUGAUGGCUGCAAGAAACAGCAUAAGUGGUGUUAGAAUGCAAAGGCCAUCCAAUUUACAAACACAACAAGAAUCUUGGAAUUUUUAAUAUUAUCAAGGCUUGUUUGGUUUCGCAACAGAAUUGACAAAACCAUAUUGAACCAUCGUGAUUUUGUCAAUCUCAAUCUACUAUGAAAACAGAUUGAGAAGUGGAAAUUGUGAGGCAAACGUGCAUCCAAACAAACACUAAAUGGUGUUAAUUAGUUAGUGCUUUUUUAUUUGUUUUUUCAUUUGUGUUUGUGUACAUUCUUUUAAAGGGCUCUUUUUUUUCUUCUUCUUUCUUUUGAUCAUUUUCUUUUUUUAUGUUACCAAGUGAUUUAUAUUUAGUAAAGAAUUUGGCUUUUUUUUUGUUUCUAAGAAUAUACCAUUGUACUCACUACUCA